UUAUUUACAUUUUUGCCUCUCUUCCUUCAAUUUCUCUACUUCGACUAAAAAUUGAAGUUAUUUACUACUUAUUUUCUCUUAUAGAGUAAAGUCUCGUGUCUAUCCAUCCUUCAUCCCAUAAAAUUGUGAAAUCGUGCAAUGGAGACGAGACGAAAAUUCCAUGUUUGCAUGCUUGUCCUACUGUGAUAUCAAUGAAAACAUCUUGCCAGUGGCCAGUGUUAUUUUUCACCCCUCGUUCUGCAAGCAACAGGUUUUCCUUCAUUUAGGUUUUUAAAGUUGAUCGACCAUGACAAUCUGCGAGAAGGUUGAUUUGAGUGACAUACCAGUCUCAGCUCUCCGUCCAGCAUCAAAAGAAAAAUUAUGUGCCAUGCUAAACUUUAACCUUGUUAUUCCUUCGCCCUCAGGAUUGCCAAGGGACUGGAGAGGAUUAGCACAGUUACUAAAUGUCAAACCUCCUUGCGGUUAUAUGCCGAAUCCCACAGGUCAUAUUCUAUGUCAAUUUGAAAAAUUACCAAACUCUACUCUAGACAAAUUACACAAAGUCUUCGGUGAACUUGAUAGGUGGGAUGUUUUUGAUGAUAUGGAUAACAUUUUUCAAACUGAUGGAAAAAAUUAUUUACAAGUUGUACAGAACUCACCCGGAAAUUCCAGCAGCCUUCACAUAGAUUUUCUAACAGAUGACAUUGUAACUUUGGAUGACCUCCAUAGAGCAAAAAACAAUCAGCCUCCACUAAUCUAUGAUGCCUUUGUAUUAUUCGCUCAGGAAGAUGAAGAGUUUGCUCAGAUGACAAUAGAUAAACUGGAGAAAGAGUAUUUAGCAAAAGUUUGUUAUAAAGAUCGCGACUUCAUUGCUGGCCUUCCUUUAGAACACACGGGUGUAAUGAAAAUGUUGGAAGAGCGGUGUCAUCAUCUUGUUGUUAUUAUUUCCAACAGCUUCAUCCGCAGUGAAUUCAACAAAUACUUUUUGAAUUUUGCUGCUGCAGUGGGUAUAGAACAAAGGAGAGUGAAAAUAAUCCCAAUAGUUCUAGAAUAUUGUCCUGAUUUACCGAGUGUCGUGCGGUUCUGUCAUCUUCUUGAUUAUACGCGGAGCAGCAAGUUAUAUAACUUCUGGGAUAAAUUAGGACAGGCUGUGGCUCAAAGUCGAGUAUCAAGGACUGUAUUGGAACACUCCACUCAAAGGCUCAUGCUUGAAGAUAUCAAACCAAGAUCAACAAAUCAAGAAAAGAAAAUAAGCCAAGAUGAAAGUUACUCGCAAGAAGCAAAAGAGAAAUCCUUAAGAAAGGAAGAGCAACUAUGGAAUGCGGAAAACUACUUUCAACAAAAGGCUUCCACGUGCAAAUCAUCACAAGAACCAUCUCCUAAAUCAAGCGAUAAAAAAAGGGAAAAGCCUGGGAAAAUAAUCAAAUCAAUCACUGACGCCAUACGUAAGCUCCCAAAAAGCAAGCUAUCCAAGAAAAGUAAAGAGUUAGCCUGCCCAAGCGAUUAAUUGAAUGCAUUUACACAAAGCCUACCUUCAUACAAAAUCUAAUUUAGGUAAGCGUCCAUCCUGCACACAAACUAGGGGCUUCAAAGAGGCUUAUCCAUGGAAUUCUUGAAUGUUGCUUUUCGACCAUCUUGGGAUUUUCAAGGAAUUUCGUGCAGAAAUGGCUGAAUUAAAGACUCAGUGCCAGUUUAGGAGACACAGUUUGUUCGCGGGAUGGGCCUUGUAAAUUCAUUCCUAUUCGAAACAAUGUUGUUAAAGUUUAAUUGGUUACUUUGUGAUGCAAGGCAAUUUAGCUCCGAGUAAAAGUACCUACUCGUUUCUCUUCAUAGAAAAAUUUAAAGAGCUUGUAUCUGUGAUAUGUACUUGUUUUCAUGAACAUGAACUCAAAGCUGUUUUUAUUUACUGUGUUUGUAGGUAUAUAAUAUCCAGCAACAGUUGUAAAUUUUUUAAAUAUAAUUUUAAGGACCAUGUUGCAUAUCUUUUUUUUUAAAAAAAAAAAAAAUUACUUGGCAGUAAUGGACCACUAGACAAGGUAGGAAGUUAUUCUGAUACAUAUUGCUUAACCAAAAUUUAUCGUAAGCCACAAUUUGUGCAACAAAAACUACUGAAAUUUACUCCUUACCAAGAUAUUUAAUGUUUCUUGAUGCAAGAAUUCAAACCUACCGCUCAUGAAAAUACAAUGAUCUACACACAUCAGAUCGCAAACUAAACGUUACCGUGGCAUUCUCUGUGAUACGAAAGUAUCUUGACAUCUAAUCUCAAUCUUGAUGCUUUGGCUCAGCUGUAGCAAAUCUUUCACACUUUGAACAAUAAAGGGUGGGAAAUGAUAAUGAGCAAUGUUCGAUCGAGGAGCCUGCCAAAACCGAUGUAGUGCGCAAUUUGAAUUGAGGAAUUAUAAAAAAUAAAGCUUGUAUAUAUAUCGAUGAUGAAACUUCCAAACAGCGUAUUUGGCUUUGCGAUGUUGCCGACUAUCUGUCUGACUUUACUUGUUCAAUGGAGAACUACUUCAAGUCAAUUCGUUAAAACUCUAUGGUUUUUCUUCUCUGCAUGAAGCAUAAUCUGAGAAAACUUCAAGGAAUGAUGUCAGUCUGUUCUCCUGUAAAAUUAUGAGCAGAAGCUGAGAUUUUUAAACACCGCAAACAAGGUACGUAGUUUGGGAGUUCACCGGCAAUAAAUAUUUAUUCUUUUAAUCUCUGUUCCCUAUUCUAAACACUCUGUUCUUGUUUUUUGAAGUUUAUUUGUGAAAUGGAUUGAUUCUCAAAAGUCAUGAAAAAAUAUGUGGUCCUUUAAUGUUCAAAAUAUUUUAUGUUAAUGAUAAUAUUCUCUCAUAUGGGACUUAUUCACCAUUAACUCUUCUAUUAAUCAAACAGAGGGUAGUUUUUUCGAGAACGUCUUGUUCCAAUAAGAAACUUCUUAUUUUGUGUAGUUUUAUUGCAUUAAAAUGACCAAGAAAAGGCAAAAACUAACCAAAUCAUCUAUGCAAUUAGAAA